GAUACGGACAGGCAGUUGAGUCUGUGUAGUUGAAUAACUGUGAUACAAUGAUUAUUAUGACUUCCACGUUUGAUCAGUAGGAAGCUUUGACAGAACGUCAAAAACGUAUCAUACCUGGUUGAAGAAUUAAACAACGUGAGGGAUCCCAUCAAUACGCAUCGGAUCGGUAAACAACAUUCAAUGUUGGGGAGAAUUUCAAGCAACGGGGAAUCCAUCUUUAAGUGUUUAUAAGUCCGAUGUACAAUGAUAAUACUAUUAAUUAUGAUUACUUUUAAUAACAACAGUUUCACUUCGUGAUUUUUUUGAAUGAUACAUGUACAUACAGUAUGGCAACAGCGGCUGUGUUUAGUGUUCAUUGCAUUCUGAUUUUGAUUUUCAGUGUUUUGGAACAUGUCGAUUCCUACUGUUUCCAUCUGACAGAUAAUAUGAGAUCGUUUUCAGGUCUGGCACACACGAGUGUCACAACAGUUUCGGAUUGUACAAUGUUGUGCUCAGACGAUCAAUCCUGUAAAGGGGUAACAUGGCAUAAAGAUUUGGGUUGUUACAUAGUAGCUCAGAUGGAAAAUAGACAUAUAGAUAAUGCAUUUCUCUUAGAACAUUUUACUAAUUGUUCUUCACCUGCACAUGCUGACAUGACAGUUUGUUUCCAUCAUCGAGGAAUUGGUACGAGUGUACUAUUGAAUGGAAUGGUAGUGGCCAAAGAUUGUUUCACCGUAUGUCGAAUAGUUCCAACUUGUCUGGCUUGCAAUUGGGAUAUUUCUUAUCAUAAAUGUUAUCUCUUCUACCAAACAUCAACUGGAAUCGCUUAUGAUGUAAAUUUUCAUUUCUAUAAUAAGCAUUCUUCGUGUAGCAUGGAAACAACAACCGCUCAAAGUAGCACCUCGGAAGAUAUAUCUACUGUAACAGAUAUCAUUACCACCGAAGAGAACAGUUUGGAAGAUACAGGUGCUACCUCAGAAGAAGCACCAGAAGUGACCUCUGUAGACUCAACGAUAACCACAAACAUAAAUACAGCCGCUGAUACAACAACAGAAGUCACUACCGCUGACAUAGCUGCCCACACCAAUAUAACUUGGUCAGAUAAAGAAGGAUAUUUUAUCUAUGAAAACGGUUAUAAAGAGAAUAAUUUGGUAAUAAAAAAUAGUCGUAUUUAUUGCGCUACACAGUGUGUAAAAGAUAUUCUGUGUAAUGGAUUUGAUUAUAAUUCCACAACAUUAUCGUGUCAUCUGAAAACAAACGAUUUUCAAUACAGACGAAUUCAAUAA